UCCCCGCGCUCUGUCCCCGCCUGUCGCAGCUGCGCUCAAGUUCAAGGUUCAAACUCCACGGGGCCCUUCCCGGGACCGGCGGGGACACGGCGGCCAUGGAGGGGACACUCGGGGACCGGAGGGGACACACGGACACCCGGGGGGACGCGCGGGGACCCGGUGGGGACAAUCCCGCGUCACCGACAGCAGCGGGGGACAGCGGGCCAGCCGUGUCCCUGCCGAGUCCCCCGGGCACAGAGCGCAGCCCCCGCCCCCGGGACCCCCCUGGGGACACGGAGCCCGACGGGGACAAAGUGUGCGCCGUGUGCGGGGACAGGGCCAGCGGGUACCACUUCCACGUGAUGAGCUGCGAGGGCUGCAAGGGCUUCUUCAGGCGCUCUGUCCUCAAAGGUGUCCGCUUCACGUGUCCCCUGGCGCGGCGCUGCCCUGUCACCAAGGCCAAGCGGCGACAGUGCCAGGCCUGUCGCCUGCAGAAGUGCCUGGACGCGGGCAUGAGGAGGGACAUGAUCAUGUCGGAGGAGGCGCUGCGGCGGCGGCGGGAGCUGCGGGGCCAGCGGGGCCGGCCCGGGGGCCAGCGGGGCGAGCGGCCGGGGCUGACGGGCGAGCAGCAGCGGCUCAUCGAGCUCCUCAUCGGCGCCCACCAGAGAACCUUCGACUCCAGCUUCUCCCAGUUCAUGCACUGCUGGCCGCCCUGCCCUGUCCCCGCCUGUCCCCAGCCCGCCGUGCGCCUGCUCGUGCCCAGCCCGCCGGGCCCCGCUGUCCCCUCGGCGCUGUCGCUGUCGCUGUCGCUGUCGCCGCGCGAGGACGCCGGGCAGGACGUGCUGUCGCUGCUGCCGCAGUUCGCCGACCUGAGCACGUUCAUGAUCCAGCAGGUGAUCAAAUUCGCCAAGGAGAUCCCGGUGUUCAGGAGUUUGUCCCUGGACACGCAAAUCUCGCUGCUGAAAGGGGCCACGCUGGGCAUCUGCCAGAUCCGCUUCAACACCGUCUUCAACCCGCGCACCAAGGCCUGGGAGUGCGGGCAGCGCUGCUACACCAUCCGCGACGGGGCGCUGGCCGGGUUCCAGCAGGUGUACCUGGAGCCGCUGCUCAAGUUCCACGAGCGGCUGCGGCGGCUGCGGCUGCACGAGGCCGAGUACGCGCUGCUGCAGGCCAUGCUGCUCUUCUCGCCGGACCACGCGGGCAUCGCCCAGCGCGACGUCAUCGACCAUUUCCAGGAGCGGGUGGCGCUGACGCUGCAGAGCUACAUCGAGCACCGGCACCCGCCGUGCGAGGGCAGGCUGCUGUACGCCAGGCUGCUGCUGCUGCUGACCGAGCUGCAGACGCUCAAGGUGGAGAACACGCGGCAGAUCCUGCACAUCCAGGAGCUGUCGGCGAUGACGCCGCUGCUCUCCGAGAUCAUCAGCUGAUGUCGCCGCUGGUGUCACCCCCCCCCGCGCCCCCAAAUGUCACCCCCGCCCCCCGUCCGCGCUGGGCACAGAGUAAAGCUGCUUUAUUU